AUGGGUAUUGGUUGGAUACAAACAAAUCAAGAAAAUGAACAAUUAACCUUCUCAGCAUCAGUUGAAAACUGGCCUUCUUCAACAAAAACAGAGGUUUUAGCUAUACUAUCUGCAUUACUUGUAUCUCCACCUGAGAGUAAUAUUACUAUUUUCAGUGACAGUGAAACUACUAUAAAAUUUUUUGAUAGAUUAAUAAUAAAAAAUGAAUAUAUAAGUACAAGAAGAUUGGUGAAAGAAAAUAAUUAUUUAUUAUGGGGCAUAAUACAAGAUACAGUAACUGAACUAAAACAAAAAAUACAAAUAAAAAAAGUGAAAGCACACAAUGGUAUUUUUUUUAAUGAAAAAUCAGACUUUCUAGCAAAAUUAGGUUUGGACUCUGAUCUGUUGGAAAUCAAAUAUGAUCAAUUACCAAAUUUUAAGUGUCAACCAUCUUUCAAUAACAUAAGAAUUGAAAUAUCAUUAAGGCUCUUUUUAAAAAAUUGCACAGAAGCAAAAAGCUUUUUAAUUUGGAAACAAAAAAAUAGAAAUAUUAAAUAUGACAAAUCGGAACAAACUUUAAUUAACUGGCCAAUGACUUGGAUAAUACUAAAUUCUAAUGGUGAAGAAAACACUAAAACAUCAUUUAAUGCUAGUAAUAAAAAAUCUUUCAAAGUUAAAAAGUUAAUAGAAGAAUUACCAACUAUUGAAAGCCUUAAAUUACGAAGUCCAGAUUUAUAUGAUAAUAACUGGAAGUGUUGCCUUUGCAACAAAGACAAUGAAGAUUUUUCACACAUUUGGUUAU